GGUAUUUGUAUUUUCCGUUCUGAAGCAUGAAAGAUGGUGUUUUAAAAAACAUUUUAGGCCUAGAUCUAGGAAGAAAGGCAAAAUCUUGCAACUGGAGCAACGCGAUAAAUGGGAGAUCAAGUCCUUUAUAUUUUCAGGAAGGAUAUUCUGUCUUGGAAAUUUCGAUACGAAUUGAUUGUUUGAUUCCAGCUUUGAAACGUUGGUUUGGAUAGCCAAAUGUUUUAGCGGACACGCGUUAAUAGUAACAGUGGUCCAGUGGUUUGGUUCGUCGUAGAGUCUCGGGAACUGUUUGAAGAAUAUUUAUGUUAUUAGUCUUAGGAACAGCUCAGACUUGCUGUACUGGGGCCAUUGCUUUGUGACGUAAAAGUCAUGACAUGAAAAUUUGUUUGUGGCAGGGAUGGAGCGGCUGCAUUGCACUUGCAAAAUAAACUUAUUUAUUUGCGAAGAGUGAGUAGGUAUUUUCACGAUCGCAAGAAAAGGUGUCUCUACAGGAUUCUUUGAACUGAAAUUGAUCUAGCGCCUGACUAACUGUUUACAGGGGAUUUUGAAGAAGCUCAGAGUCUGCAGAUUUGAACCUACUCUCCCGGGAGCUUUCAGAAGACUGAUAGGGAAAGCCGAUAAGUGGUUGACGCAGGAGGAUAUUCUGUCUUGGAAAUUUCGAUACGAAUUGAUUGUUUGAUUCUGGAGAAGUGAGCUAGUUUCUCGUGUCAAGUUUUGAAACCGUGUAUUGUUCUUUUGUUGAACGCCGCCCAGGAAAAGUGUGUUCUCGAAAAAAAAAAACCCCACACUUUGCGGUCUAAUGGAUGGAUUUGGAAGACAUUCUCUUUUGGAAAUCUCUAUACGCCUGUCGGGGUGAAUUGACUGAUUGGUUUUGGAGAAUCUAGAGUCUUGUGUCAAGUUAGACAUAUCUUGUUGUUCUUUGGUAAAACGCUUAUAACAAGGAAACGAGUGUCCCGGAAGAAAGACUUUGUCUCGGAGUCGCAUCUCCCUCCCCGAAGCCUGCCAGGAUGCCUGUCCGAGAGCGUGGGAGGUCACGAGCGGUCAGUCGUACCGGGGGGUCACGCUCACCGUCACGCGCGCGAUCUCGGUCCCGCUCCACGCCGGGGUCAGGGUCAGGGUCACAGUCCGUGUUGCGAGCGCAGACGGCGGCGGCGACGGACCUGGCGCGGAGGAUUUACAGGAAGACCAUCAAGACUGUGUUCAACGGGUACCGCUAUUUCUCCUACAGGAACGCCAAAAAGCAGUCAAUAAAGAGUGACGAGACCUCGCUCAGCAUCGUCUCCCAGGUCUCUCUGCCCUUCAUCAUCGCUGGCUACGGUACUGUUGGAGCUGGAAUGGUCUUAGACAUUGUACAACAUUGGGAUGUGUUCAUGAAGGUUGGAGAAAUAUUUAUCCUUGUACCAGCGCUGUUGGGAUUGAAAGGCAACCUGGAGAUGACUUUAGCUUCAAGAUUGUCCACACAGGCAAAUCUAGGAAAUAUGGAUUCACGAAAAGAACUGCUCAAGAUGGUUGGAGGGAACUUAGCUUUAGUUCAGGCUCAGGCUAUUGUGGUGGGCUUCCUCUCCUCGCUCACUGCCAUGAUCAUGGGCUGGAUCCCAGAGGGCAAGUGGAACACGGAACACGGACUCCUGCUCUGUGCUAGCAGUUUGUUUACAGCUUCUAUAGCCAGCUUCCUCCUUGGUGUGGUGAUGGUCAUUGUGAUCUUGUUGUCCAGAUAUUUCAAAAUCAACCCGGACAACGUCGCCACGCCCAUCGCUGCCAGUUUAGGAGAUUUAGUCACCCUCUCACUCUUAGCAUGGGUGGGCAAUCUACUAUUCGAGGCUAUAGGUAAAGAACACUGGUUAGCACCGACAAUCAUUGCGUUUUUCCUGCUGCUGUUACCGUUGUGGGUGGUGAUUUGUGUGAAGAACAAGUACACCAACGACGUCAUUUACAGUGGCUGGGUUCCUGUCCUCAGUGCAAUGUUCAUAUCCAGCGUAGGUGGUUUGAUAUUAGACUACACAGUCGCAAACUAUGACGGAAUAGCAGUGUUCCAACCAGUAAUAAAUGGUGUGGGUGGUAACUUAGUAGCCGUUCAUGCUAGCAGACUUAGUACUACGUUACAUCUGAAAGGUCGACCUGGUUCUAAAGUCCGCGAUAAGAAACUCCAUGGAUGUCUCAACCCAUUUAAAGUCUUCUUUGGGACUGGUGUUCACUCACGAGCGUCCAGGGUGUUAACUUUGCUGACCAUCCCUGGUCAUCUGCUGUUUGUCUACACAAUCUACUACAUGAAGGCUGGCCACACUUCUAUGAGUCUGCUCUUCAAUGUCUUCUACCUCACUGCUGCUCUUCUGCAGGUGAUAUUGCUGAUCUACAUUGCCACCUGGCUGGUUCCUCUGAUCUGGGUCACGGGUUCGGACCCGGACAACGUGGCCAUCCCCUAUUUGACGGCACUGGGUGACCUGCUGGGUACAGGUUUCCUCGCCGUGGCCUUCCAUCUGCUCUACUUACUCGGGGACCGUGAUGCUGAUGUGGGAGACUAGGCCAAACUGUAGACAUAUGUCUGUGUGUCUUUGUGUGGGUGUGUGUGUCUGUCUGUGUAAGUAUAGAUGAUGAAAGUGUUGCCAAAGAUGGUAAAUCAAGGGAGAAUGGUCUUUGAACAUUUUGGUCCAUUUUGUUUUGAUGGCACCACUCUUGUCGAAAGAAAUUAGUCGUGUGAUUGACUCACAUGUCACGUUGCUGUGCUUUUUUCAGAGACUCUUAGACCUUUAAUCAUGUCAUGGCUUACUUUGGCCCUUUUUGCUCAUUUUGUGCCAAAACGUGGCUCAACAUGUAUUUACAAAGGCACAUGUUUCCUGGGUUUUCAAUUGGGGAGUAAACUUGUCACAAGG